AUGGAUAAAUCAUAUCCACGAAUAACCGCUGCACAACUACAUCAAAACAGUGGCCAAGUAGUGAGUAUAGUGGGACGCAUAGUAAAGGUCAGAAUAUACUCUUAUUUGAUAAUGAGUCGCGAAUUUGACGCAGAGACUUUGAGAAUUGCUAUUGUUACCGCUACUGCUACGUACGGAACUGCAGUAAUGAAAGCAUGUGACCAAGCAUUAGUAAAGGUUAAAAUAGUUCAGGCUCAAAAUUUUCAACCGGGUUUAUUUGUGGAAGUAACAGGUCGUAUAGGCGAAAAUCUGGCUAUAGAAGAAUAUCAUUCCAUUAAUUAUGAUAUGAAUCUUUAUUCUCGUAUGAUAGAAAUCUCUAAAAAAUUUACCGAUAUAAUCUUUUGA